ACCCUUCAACAAUUAAGAUAUAUUUUGGAAAUUUUUAAGUCUGGAUGAAAACCUAGAGUGUGGGCAAUACUUUGUUGUGGGGUUAUUCAUCAUGUAUCAUGCAUCCAGGUUAAGGCAUACUGGUAAUUUUGUGAUCUGUCCUGUUAACGAGAUUCAAUUACAAAUUGAAAAGCAUUUCGAAACCAUUGAUAUUGCAAGUUGUGGGAACAAGUUGCUCUAACUUGAUUUAAGUUAUUCUUUUUUCAACUUACUGUCAGCACUUGGUAUGCUUUUCAACUUGCAAUACAACUUUGUUCUGUGCAUAGGUAGCAAGAAUAAUGUUUCCUGUACAUGUAUGACUGGGUUUUAAUUUAGACAACAGGAGUAAUUUCUCUGUAUGAUGGAAGAAAGGGUGUUGUGUGAACAAACAAAAAGACAGCAGCAAAGGGGACUCUAUUGUCCUUUCAACUGUUUCUCAACCUGAAGUUCUGAAAGGUUAAUUGACUGUGGUAGUGAGUUUGUGAAACUGAUGUAUUAAGCUUUAGCCCUUCAUCAUAGCAAGCAGGUGACUUCAGAUGUUUGCUCUAUUGAAAGGCCAACACUUAAAACCUCGGCUUCACAAACUCAUUACCACGAUCAAUUUACAACUUCAAGUUGAUGAACAGCCAAGAGAUUUCCUUUUUCCAAACAUUAAAAUAGCGAAGAGAUUCACUCUCCUGCCAACGUGGCCUAACAGUUUCCUUAGAAACUAUAACAUUGUUCAUACUGUAUGUCAUUCCUCGGUUUAUUACUUUAAUCAGUUUCUUUUCUAAUCUCUGUACAGAUAAUGACUAUAGCUGCCAUGGAGCCAACACAAGCUGUUGCUGCAGGAAAUGAGGCACCCGACUAUGGCCAGAUUUAUACCUUACUGAGCAGAAUAAUGCGGGGACAGCCCCCGCCCAAUCUCACCCCUCUCGAUGCACGUGUCAUUCUGGAUUUGUUAACUGACCUGGAACGUAGACUUGCAGGCCAUGAUGUAAGCAGCCAAGUCAACUUUGUUACCAACAAAUACAAAGAAGUGAUGGAAAAUCAAGGUGGAACCACCUCUUGUACUCAAACACAGCUCCCUGCACGUCAUGGUCGAGCUGAAGCUGCUAACAACAGUUCUGAUCCAGGAAGCAGUUCGAGUAAACCCAGAACACCGCUGUUCUCUUUAAAUCCCCUUAAUGUACCAGUGCAGUUACUGAAUUUAAAGAAGCCAACUCCAGUUUCUAGUUCUCAAACAUAAAUGUUUUUUUUAAUUAUUUACAUUAUUUUAGAUAACUUGGUGAGAAUUUCCUAUCAGGUGUUUGUGUUUUUGAUAAUCGCAGUGUUUUCAAUGAGGUCUGUACUUUAAAGUACUCUUUUUUCUCUAAAAUAGCAUUCCUGGCUACAGUUUGCCAUUGACUGCAGCUUCCAAUUCAUCUUAUUUGAAGGAAAGCUAAAAUUCCUUUCUUGCAUCCCUACAUUGUUCAGUGAUGUUCAGCAGUUUUGGUUGAUGCAUUGUUUAAGCUAAGGAAGGAUUGCUUGAAUAAAGGUUUGACCUCUCUGA